AGACAUAAUUAUGUCAUGAAACUGGUUGUUUUACAGAGCCUUUACACAUAAUACGUAAAUUAAAAAAUGUACAUGUCAAAUUGACUAACUGAAAGUGUUUGCUUUCUUUCUACCAUCACAAAAAGUGUUUUAUUACGGACAAUUGACCAAGGGACUAUUCACAAAGUGAACUUAUCUUGAACAAGAACAGAAAAAAAUACAUACUGAAAAAUGAAGUACAAAGCCCGUGUGAUAUUUACGUCAGUUGUAGCGGCAACGUUUCUGAUCUACGUCAUAUUGUUUGCGGAGCUCUCUGCGUAUGAAGGUCCGAAGGAAUGUCCUCUGCGGAAAAACGAAACAAAGGAUGUAAUACCUAUAAAAUUCAAAAGAAACAUAACUAGAGAGAUUCCUGACGACACUAGUAAACAUGUAGAUCAAGAUAAUAAACAAGACAAAAGCAAACCACCUGCAAAGCCGUUGAUGUAUAACCAAGACGUUGAGAGGCUUUUGGAUACAAUUGAUCAUUUGAGCUCAUUUGGUUACAAUAGGGAGGAACUUCGGGAGGCUAAAUUUACGGAUAUGGCAUCAGAACUCGGCAGAACAUUCAAGUUGAAAUCUAAAUUAUUACUACAGUGGGGCAGUCACGAACACUCGGAAGAAGGUGACGACAACUUUGUAAUGUUUCACCAUAACAUACGAGCCGGGGCACUCUACAAUCCUGAAGACAGACACAUUGAUGGUUUGCUGCAUGACAUGGCAACCGACAAAAUCAAAUCUAUAGAGGUCAUCCCAGAAGGGACCGAGUUCAAACUUCUGAUGAGGUUUUGGAAAGGCACAAAAUCUAUUUUUAAACCCAUGAG